UAUCGAAUGAAAAUAUAAAGGUGUCCAGAAACAUGAAGACGACACGUCCUCGAGAAGUUUCAGAAUGCGGGGCGAGGAGGCCAGGACCUUGCUCGGGUUCCCUCCCAAUUCUCGCCCUACCCUCCCUCAGGUUAAAGCCGCUUACAGAAGGAAGGUAUGGGAGUCUCAUCCUGACCUUUUUCCUGCUCAAGAAAAGCCUCAUGCAGAAUAUAAGUUCAAAUUGAUUUCAGAAGCAUACUCUUGCCUGCUGUCUGGUGCAAGAGGAGAAGGUUCAACUAGUGUCACAAAUGCACGAGUUGUCAGAACUGGAGUUCCAAGGGCACAGGGGGGAAGAGGAAAUCCUGCUCUGAUUGGAGUCCCUUUUCUCUUUAUUAUUCUGGGAACAAUUGGACUCGGGGGACUAAAUGCUGCAAGGGCUUAUAAAAAGCAAAAGGAGGAAUAUCCUUCUCACAAUCCUUUUCUUCCUUAAUCCCCAGCAUCAGAGUGGAAUCAUGCUGCUUUCUGUUUUCUGUAAGAUUGAUGAAAUUCUCUGUGGGUUGGUGUUGUCCUUUGAUGAAAUUCUCUGUGGGUUGGUGUUGUCCAGUUCAUAAACCCAAAGGAAACAUAAGGACAUAUUCCAAAGAGAAAUGCUGUUCAUCCUUGAUUUUGUCACCUGAAAUCACAUUGUUUAUGUGACGCAUUAUCAGUGGUUUUAUAUGUCAACUAAUUAAAUAAACAGCCACUUAAAAAUGUGCCGCCUCGUGUGACUCGGGAUGACAAAAUCAAGGAUGAAGAGUAACAUUGCUCAAUUCAAAAUGUAUACUAGAGCUCACAAAAGAAUUAUAUGAAAUAGAAGAUAUUAAUAA